GUCGUGUUGAUAUAAAUAAAGUGAAAAACGAUAUCAAAUUCCCAAUACCAAUUUUAAAAUCCCCGUACGAGUCCGAGACCGUACACAAAAGGAUAAUAAUAAAACGUGAACAUUAAGCAAUUAAUUUUAUUGACCAUCUUUCAAGUCCAGUCUCUUUGAUAAAAAACCCUUAACACAAAAUGGAAAUAAGUAAAACAAUAGAAGCACUAACAGGUAUCAUUUCUGCCUGUCAAUCAUUAUGUUAAUUUGUGAAUUGAAUUAUGAUUGGUAUAUUAAUUUUCAUUGAUAAUUGAGUGAAUGAUAAUAAACGCAAAAAAUGGAUUGUCUCUUAAAGUGUCUAUUUGUCUAAGAUGAAUGAAUUAGGCCGCGGGUACGCCCGCAUUGAAGCUAUGCGUGGUGCUCGAGGGGAACCUUUAGGGAGCAUUCCCGAACCCACGCCCCCACCACCAGAUAAAUACAACUCCGUAUAUCUAACUUUGUUCGUUUCUGGUGCUGCCUUCUUGCUUCCCUUUAAUAGCUUCAUUAUGGCUGUGGACUAUUUUCAACAUCACUACCCAAAUUCACCGAUAAUGUUCGACAUGUCGACUGUAUACAUCACAUCGGCCUGCAUUGCCGUCGUGAUCAACAAUUUGUUGCUGGACUUGUUUACAUACAACACUAGGAUAACGUUUGGUAUAUUACUAUCCCUGGCUACAAUGAUAUUUGUAGCUGUUUGCAAUAUUGGUUGGGAUGGUUUUCCCAAUAAUGUAUCCUAUACAAUCAACCUGAUAGCUAUAGGAGUGGUAGCUUUUGGGUGCACAGUUCAACAAGCCUCUUAUUAUGGCUUCACCGGUUGUCUUCCACCACGAUACACGCAAGCUGUUAUGGCUGGAGAAAGCGCAGCCGGUUUCUGGGUAUCGUUGGACAGGAUUUUGACGAAGUUUGAAUUUAGCGAACCAAAAAGGAGUACGUUUAUGUUCUUUGUGUUUUCCAUCCUUAUUCUACUGGGACACUCUAUGCUUCAUCACUUGAUGAUGCGUCAUCCGCUAGUAUUAUAUUAUUUGAGACUCACUGUGGAGUCCCGACAUCGGCGCCGCAUACAGCUGCAUCUGAAUCCUACAGAAGAUGCUACGUUGAUGGAGAGUGAAGCCGGUGAAGCAAACUACGGUGUCCUGAAACUUCAGAGUCCUGCACCAUCUAACACAGGAGGAGAACCUGAAAAUACGUUCAGUUUCGCCAACCCGUUAUAUUCACCGACCACAAGCGCAGCCGCGCCCCUUGCGUCUCCACCCCCAAGCGUUUCGGAAAGGUCUGCUUCCCCCUCAGCCACCCUUCAGACUCCAAGACCUUCUUAUAAAGUUGAGGAUGUAGUCUUUGAAUCACCUGACAGGCCGACUUCUUGGAGGAGCUUUAAACGUAGUGUACAAGCGAGAUGGGCAGUCGCUCGCGCAAUUUAUCCGUAUAUGGUCUCUAUUGGUCUAGUAUACUUUACCACCCUCAGCUUAUACCCUGGUAUAUCUUCAGAAGUACCGUCUUGCCGCCUUGGCUCUUGGAUGGCUAUUGUCCUAAUGUCAGCCUUUAACUUUUUCGAUCUGAUAGGAAAAAUAGCAGCUGCUUGGCCUUAUGAAUGGAGUAGAAGUCAGCUGUUGAUGGCCAGUGGUCUCCGUCUUCUACUGGUUCCGUUAUUGCUUCUGUGUGCUGCGCCUCGUCAUUCACCUCACAUUGUUGGCGAUAUAUAUCCUAUUAUGUUCUCCGUGGUUUUGGGAUUUACAAACGGCCUCUUUGGAUCGGUACCAAUGAUCAUGGCGCCAUCUCGUGUAGGAAGGGAACACCGUGAAAUUGCGGGUAACAUGAUGACGUUAUCCUAUAAUGGAGGCCUACUAUCAGGUACAUUGGUGUCUUAUCUACUUCUUAAUAUGUUGGGCCCUCCCACUGGAUCUCCGUGCCGGAUAUACCCCACUCCAUUAUUGCCCACAUUACCGCCUGCUAUCACUACAGCAUCAAAUAUAAGCUACGUUAUUACAUCUCCACAUUAAAUAAGUAGGUAUUAUUGAUUAAGAUGUAUUAAUUCAAUAUAGUACCUUCAUGAUACAUAUUGUAAUCACUUGCACAUUUCUAUGCCUAGGUACUA